AUGGCUUCGAAGAUCGCCGUCAUUGGAGCCGUCAAUGGCAGGUUCACGGAGGUCUUCGAGAAGCUUGCGGCACACCAAGCGAAACAAAAGUUUGCCUUUGCGAUCGUAGCUGGCCAUCUGUGUGCCAAUCCGGAGAGCGCAACUGAACAGGAGGCUUGCGAAAUCGACAAACUUCUAGAAGGCAAGAUCAAUGUCCCACUACCUACGUACUUCUCCCUUGGAAGGCAAGCUUUACCGGCGAAGGCUGUCAAGGCUCUAGAGGAGAAUGCGGGGCAGUUGUGCGACAAUCUGAGUGUCCUUGGGCGAACGGUGUCGAUCAAGACAUCGGAAGGGUUUCGCGUGGUGGCUGUUGGUGGCGCUCACGCCGAGACGAACGAGGCCGGCGAGUAUGCCGCGAGCUACACAGAUGACGAUGCGGAAACUCUCAGCAAGACUGCUGUGGAUGUCGACAUUUUGGUCACGAGCGAGUGGCCGGCGCACAUCCGGGAUGGUUCCAGGGUCAAUGGUGAAGGUCCGUCGACUGCCGCCUCCGAAAGCAUAUCCGGUCUAUGCACUGCAGCCAAGCCAAAGUACCACUUUUCGGCAUCAAGCACCUUCUACGAGCGCGAACCCUUCUUCCACGAUGGGCCAUCUCCAAUGUCUGUCACCCGCUUCAUCAGUCUUGCACCAUUUGGCAACGCGGGCAAGCAGAAGUGGAUCUACGCUUUCUCACUUGAAUCGUCUGCUCAGCCGCCCGAGAGGCUACCUGAUGGUUGUACGGCCUCGCCAUUCACCGGUACUAGGAAGCGUAAGCUCGAGUCUCAGCAAGCCGACUACAACAGCUUCCGCUAUUCCAACGGCAAUGGUAACGGUGGUAGUCAUUUGCGAGAGAACUAUUCGCACAAGCGUCGACGCCAGCCGCCACCAACUCCAGACAAGUGCUACUUCUGUCUUUCGAAUCCUGCCUGCGAGACACACAUGAUCGGAUCAAUCGGCGAGAACGUCUACCUCACAACCGCUAAGGGUCCACUCACGACCAAGCAAACAUACUCAGAGAUUGACUUCCCCGGCCACAUGCUACUGAUACCGUUGGAGCAUGCACCCACGAUGGGCGCCAUUGCGGACAAGGAGACUCGACAGGCUGCCGUGACCGAGAUGCAACGCUACCGCAGCUCAUUGCAGAACAUGCUAGCCGAGAAGUCGAAAGGAGAAGAUGGCCGGGCGAAGCUGGGUGCAGUAUGCUGGGAGAUUAGCCGUAACACUGGCAUUCAUCUGCACUGGCAGUUCUUGCCCGUCCCAGUCGACAUGAUCCAACGUGGGCUGGUGGAAGCGGCAUUCGACGUUGAAGCGGAAAAUAACGACUACCCGAAGUUUGUGAAGAAGAUCUCGGAAAUGGAGGAGAUUGAGGAGGGGAACUUCUUCAAGGUCAUGAUCUGGUCAGAAAGUUUGCGCAAAGACAUGGUGAUGUCGCUGGAUGGCGAUUUCAGGUUUGACUUGCAGUUCGGGAGGAAGGCAAUGGCUAAGUUGCUGGGGCUAGAGGGGAGAACGGACUGGAAGAGCUGUUCUCAGAGCAAGGUGGAGGAGAGCGCAGAGGCGAACCUGUUCAAGGAGGCAUUCAAGGCGCAUGACUUCAAUCUUGAGUAA